CGCACGGUGCCUGCGUGAAGGAAAACGGGGGGAGCUCAGACAAGAACCGGCUGGGCUGUUGUCGGGGUCUAAGCAUGCUACAAUAUAAAUGCUGAGUCUGGAGCUACAAUAUCUACAUUUACUUCCCGAACGGAGAUAGCUGACGGCCACACCCCGGUUCUCUUUACCUCCCGGAGUUCGCAGAACAGCGCUGGCGGCGGUUUGAAAGCCAGCAGGGGCGGCUAGCGGCUUGAAGAACGGAGAGGAAGCAGGAGCAAUGAGAGAGUACAAAGUGGUGGUUCUCGGCUCCGGCGGGGUCGGGAAAUCCGCACUGACCGUCCAGUUCGUGACUGGCUCCUUUAUAGAGAAAUACGACCCCACGAUAGAGGAUUUCUACCGGAAGGAGAUCGAGGUGGACUCGUCCCCGUCGGUGCUGGAGAUCCUGGACACGGCAGGGACCGAGCAGUUCGCCUCCAUGCGAGAUCUGUACAUCAAAAACGGCCAGGGUUUCAUCCUGGUCUACAGUCUGGUCAACCAGCAGAGCUUCCAGGACAUCAAACCCAUGAGGGACCAGAUCAUCCGGGUUAAACGGUACCAGAGGGUACCGAUGAUCCUGGUGGGGAACAAAGUGGACCUGGAGGGAGAGAGGGAGGUGUCGUCCGGUGAGGGGAAAGCGCUGGCGGACGAGUGGAACUGCCCGUUCAUAGAAACCUCAGCCAAAAAUAAAACCUCGGUGGAUGAACUGUUUGCAGAAAUAGUCCGACAGAUGAACUAUGCCACAACACCAAAUGGCGGCGAUGGGUGCUGCUCGGCUUGUGCGAUUCUUUAAGGA